AAGUCAAGUAAGUCAUAAUCGCCUGCCUACCCUUUAGUUUAGCUACUACACUGUAGUAUGUGAAUAGCAGCAGGCAACACGAAUUUCGCUCCUCAUAUUGAUUUCUUUAGACGGCUUUUAUUUACAAUAUUCAUGGUUUUGACAGCCAGUAGUGGUAUUUAGGCUUGAAAGUAGAUACAUUGGUAUUUUAGUUAGCUUGUGAUAACUUGCGCAACGACUUCAGAUACGAGCAAAGUCUCGGAACAAGGCAACAACUAGACUUUUGGAAGGACAUAUUUGACACAACUUUCAGACUAAUUUUCACCAGGUUGAACUCUUCGAUAGCUUCUAUGUUUCUUCUAUAGGCUAGUGUUGGACUGUUCUCUUGGCGUAUGUGUCUGUUUGUCAUAUUCCCCCUGGAAGUCUAUGGAGAGAAGCUGUUCAACUUGGAUGUUAUCCUCACGCGACUCUGGAUUUAGUUACGUACUGUGAGACGUACACGCGUACCCCCAGAGGCCAGACGUUGAAUGUUGACUUUACGACCAGAAUCGUCGAAAACACCUGACUUUACCCGAUUUGAAUGCCUGUGCAAGGAUUUUGUUGGUUUCUGUGCUGCAGGCAGGGUUUCAAUUUGCUCGGACGGGACUAUGGGGAGAAAGAGGAGGAAGAAUCUUUUGAGUUGCGCAACAAGGAGGAUCUGACUUGCAACGGACGUGGUCCACUUGAGGUGACUCUCUCUCAGCCGACUCGCACAGCCAAUGGGACAAACGGACACAGUCUGUCAGAGGUUCCUGAUGAGAUGAAGAGUCUGAUCAUAGAGAAGAGCAAGAUGGGCCUGGAAGAAGACCCCGAGCUGCUGGUCAAAGGCUGGCUGUUCCGGGAGGUGUGUGGAAGCUGGAUCAAGCAGCGGUGCUACUGGUUUGUACUGAGCCUGGACUCCUUAGACUACUACAGCAGCUCAGAGAGAGGAGCCCGCAGACUGGGAACACUGGUACUCACCAACCUCUGCUCUGUCAUCUGGCCAGACAAACAGACCUUCAAGGAGACGGGGUACUGGAGCAUCACAGUGUGGCGUAAGCACUGCUACAAGCUCCCCCGUGGAACGCCCACUCAGCUCCUGAUCCGAGACAUCGAGGAGAACAAGUUUAACCCCGAGGUGGUAGAUAAUAUCUACCAGCACAACCCCAUCCUGAAGCACACCCAGAGCCCCCUGUAUGCCUCCCUGCUGCCCUUCCCUUACGGCAGCCUGGAACACACCUACCACAGCGGUAAGGGCUACGCCACGGUGCGGGAGGAAGCAGUGAAGCUCUUCAACUGUCUGCAGCAGCUGGAGUCUGCACGGGACCCGGUGCCUCUGAUCCAGGGCGUGCUGCAGACCUGUCUGGACCUGCGGCCGCUCCGGGACGAGGUCUACUGCCAGCUGGUGAAGCAGACCAGCUGCACGCCGCAGCCCCACACCGCCGCACACCUCCGCUACUGGCAGCUCCUCACCUGCAUGAGCUGCACCUUCCUGCCCGGCCCCGGCGUGCUUAAAUACCUGCGCUUCCACCUCAAGAG